AUGGGACAGAUUCGUAGAGUCAACGAAAUAUGUUACGAGUAUUUGGAGCAAGCCGAUUUUUCAUUCUGGUCACGAGCACUAUUCGUGGGCGACUGGUACAACAUCAUGACAAACAACAACGCAGAAUCAUUGAACUCAAUGCUGAGACAUGCCUGUUCGUUGCCAAUCACAUGCUUGGUUGAGCACAUUCGUAAAACAAUGCAGAAGUGGUUUUACGAACGACGAACCAAUGCAACCUCAUGCAACAACUUGACCCAAGUUGGAAUAUCCAACGAUACGGAGAUUGUGGACUUCUCCGACAACACAUGCACCUGUCGUGAGUUUCAACUAAAUCUUAUGCCAUGUGCUCAUGCAACUCGUGCUGCUACGCUGAUUCGUAAGUCAUUAUACGAUCUAUGCUCUCCGUACUAUAAAUCAGAAUACUGGAGGGGUGCCUAUAUGGAAGUAAUAUCUCCCGUUACGCGGGAAGUGGACUGGGUUGUUCCAAAUGAAAUCCUAGGUACUCCUAUUUUGCCACCGAUUGUACGUCGCCCUCCAGGUAAACCACCCACGCGACGUAAGCGAGCUAGAUACGAGUUCACUACCCAACUGAGAAAAUGCACUGGAUGUGGGAGAGUUGGUCAUAAUCGGACCACAUGUUCGAACCCCACUGUAUCACAAGCCACUUGA